AAGGAGGCGGGAAAUGGCGUCCAGAGGAGCGGCGCAGAAGCGGACGGACGGGCACUGAGCACCAGGGAACCAGAGACGGCUACAAACAGCAGCGGCUGCCCUUGCCGCGGCCACCAGCAGCCAGGCAAACAGAGCCACCCCCGGCGACGAGAUAUUGCGGAACUCGGCGAUCUUACAUGUGACGGUUAGGACCAUGAGGCUGAGAAUGCGCAAGGCUUCUCAGCAGCCGCGCCCCGCCCACACGCCCCGCCCGGCGCGGACCAAGCGGAAACACUCGGAGGUGGAGGAGUGCACGCCCGCGGGCGGAGGGAAGAUGCCCAAGAGCGACACGGGGCUCUUCUCCACCAUCAAGAAGUUCAUCAGAGGAAGCGCUGUCAAGGUGGAGCAGGAGAACCCAGCCAAGAAGAGCCGCAUCGAUUGCGACCUGGACAAGAAUCUGAUCUCAUCCACGCCACAGACUGGGGACCUGCCCAAUAAGGCCGUGCCCAGGGUUCGCAGGAGAGGCCCUGUCAAUGGUGACGCAACGAAUCACGACAGGAGCAAAGCCGCCAAGCCCAAUGGGAAGCUGGAGGAGUCGAGCGAGGUUGUGAGCAGCCCGCCCCGCACCACCCUGCUGGGGACCAUCUUCUCCCCCGUCUUCAACUUCUUCUCACCAGCAAACAAAAAUGGCACGUCGGGCUCGGACUCUCCGGGGCAGGCGGUGGAGGCGGAGGAGAUCGUCAAGCAGCUUGACAUGGAGCAGGUGGAGGAGACUCCCACCAGCACAGCCACCUCCACAGAGGGAAUGGGCGUGCCCCCGUACCCCCCUCCCGCGCCCCUGCGACCUCUGCCCCCUCAGGAUGGGACAACCGAGGAGGGGGAGAUCGUGACGGACCCCGACCUGCCCCCACUCACAGCUCCUGGAGCCCCUCCAGACAGAGGCUACUCUGAGGCUCCGCCCACAGCCCCUGCCGAGGGCUCCUAUGAGGAGGACUGGGAGGUCUUUGACCCGUACUUCUUCAUUAAACACGUGCCACCGCUGACGGAGGAGCAGCUGACCCGCAAGCCAGCGCUCCCGCUCAAAACCCGCAGCACGCCCGAGUUCUCACUCGUCCUGGACCUGGAUGAAACGUUGGUACAUUGUAGCUUGAAUGAGCUGGAAGAUGCAGCACUUACCUUCCCUGUCCUCUUUCAAGAUGUCAUAUACCAGGUGUAUGUGCGAUUGAGGCCAUUCUUCAGAGAGUUCCUGGAACGCAUGUCUCAAAUUUACGAGAUCAUUCUCUUCACUGCCUCCAAGAAGGUUUAUGCAGACAAGCUGCUCAACAUCCUGGAUCCCAAGAAACAGUUGGUUAGGCACAGGUUAUUCCGGGAGCACUGCGUCUGUGUGCAGGGAAAUUACAUCAAGGACCUGAACAUCCUUGGACGGGAUUUGUCCAAGACCAUUAUUAUUGACAAUUCACCACAAGCCUUUGCUUAUCAGCUUUCCAAUGGGAUACCCAUUGAGAGUUGGUUCAUGGAUAAGAAUGACAACGAGCUGCUGAAGCUGGUUCCGUUCCUGGAGAAGCUGGUUGAACUGAACGAGGAUGUGCGGCCACAUGUCAGAGAGCGCUUUCGUCUGCACGACCUGCUGCCUCCGGACUGAGCAGCGCCCCCUGGCGGACAGCACGGACUAACCCAGAGAGUGAAAGGAAGGAAAGAAGGACUAAGCGAACGCAAACAGACCUGUAAAAAGCAAACUUUGGAAUACAACUAAAACAUUGCCAUUACUGUUGAAAUUACUUUUUUUUUUUAAAACCCCACAUUACAUGUAAAACGAUUAUUACAAAAAAGAAACGACGAAACGGCAAAAACUGAGUUUUUUGAAGCGACAUCUCUGAUUAUAGAAUUUAUAAAAUACAAAUCUAUCUCUCUCUAUAUAUAUAUAUAUAUAAAAUAUAUAUAUAAAUAUACUCACAUAACUAUAGGCAAGACCAGGAAGGAUCCUCCAUUGGACUGGCUUUUUAUUUCUGGAGCGGUUUUUCUCUUUGCUCGGCAGCGAUGACACCCCAGCGCCGUUACGUCAGUAGCCGAGGUCUCGGCUGGCGUGAAAAGCGUAGCUCCACCCAUGAAGACCGCAUGCGCUCCGUAUGGUGCUCCAGCCAGACUGUUGACACAAGUCGACGACAGACACUCAUUUCAACAGGAAUGGCCAGUAAAAACAAAAUUGUGUAUAUAAACAUAUUUUUCCCCU